AUGAGGACCCGCGACCCUGAGGAGUGGUGUGAGAGGAUUAAUGAGACGACUCUGGAUGGGUUUGAGUUACGACUGAGACGGAGCUUACUACACACGAUGCGAGAAUAUAUGAGGAACAGCUCGGUUAAAGGAAUUAGAUAUGUUACAGAUAGGAACGAUCCAUUGGCCUUGAGAUGUUGGUACGCGUGUGUUAUACUAAUCACUAUGCUGGGUAUGUGUGUGCUGCUGCCCCUGUCCCUGGGGUCGGAGGGUGUCAGCAGCCUGUCCGUGAGACAGCAGCUGGGCGUGUUCCCUCUCAGUGAGGUGGACUUCCCCGCGGUCGGUCUGUGUAGCAGCGGACGGAUCAGUCGACAGUCACGUGAUGAAUACGCAGCUUAUUUGCACUCUUUGGAUAAAAACAGUACAUUCACUCUCAAUGAAAUCAAAAUGAAUCUGUUGGCUUUCCUCGGUGUUAUCCAUUUGAGCGCAUCAACUUACGACCCAAAAUUUAUGGAUUUUUUAAAAGAAAAACUUGGUGACACUAACGUUACUGAUAUUCUCUAUCAGCUCUCUCCAAAGUGCAAGCGCUUGCUUCUCCGCUGUAGCUGGUCCGCUCGCCGCGUCUCAUGUGACAAACUGUUCGGAAUGAGACUCACCGAGUUCGGCUUCUGUUGCAUCUUUAAUUCAAGAUAUCUCUCCAUAGACAAAAACAACUCAGUGUUCAGAGCCACGAGAAUAGGUCCUGAUGAAGGGCUUCAGGUGGUCCUCAGAGACAACUCACAAGACUUUGUACGACGUGUACGACCUUCUAACGACGUUCAAAUAAUAUUAUUCGACGGCACUCAGCACCCGCUGGCUCGUGCCGGUGUGAUCCGCGUGUACUCGUCAGGUCGGAACUCCUCCGUGUUCCUCUCACUCCGAGCCCGCAUAACACUCGCGGACCCUGAACUAGCGGGGUACGAGGACGCCUGGCUGGGUUGUGGUUCACGUUCCUGGUCUCAGUGUGUGUCUGAGUGUCGAGCUCGUAUGUUGAGCGCGCUCUGUCUCUGUACUCCGUUCGGCCAGACGACUCACACGAUCUGCUCACUGGAACAUCUCGAAUGUUUGGCCAAAUAUAGAGAGAAACUGAAGUACUUCUACCCGGGAGAGGACGUUCAUGAAAGUCUGCGAGAGGAAAAAGCUAACGCUAUCCAUUGCGAGCACUGCAUCCCAAAUUGUGACGCGCGACAUUACUCCGCGGACAUGGACCUGGUGCCGUACGGAGAACACAGCGACAAGAUACAUCGAGACAAUUUUAUGCAAGGUUUGACGCACAUGAACACCUCAGUGAUCCGCGUGUACUUCAGACACAGUCAACAGGAGAUACAAGUGAUAGAGCUCAACCAACGCUGGUACGAGUUGUUAAAUAUGAUAACGUCAGUAGUAUUAGUUAGUAAUGAUGUCAAUACUACAGUAUCUCACAGCAGCCUGGUGAUGUCCCUGGCUGGUGUGACGGCCGUCAGUGUGACCGAGCUGAUGUACCACGUGACUCUACUGUGGAUGAACAUACAUCGCAACACACGAACAGACUUCUAA